GGACUGGGGAGCGGCCCCGUUAACACCCCCUUUCUUUUCAAGGCGGAGCUCCGGGCGGCCGUGUUCUUAGCGCUAGAGGAGCAAGAAAAAGUGGAGAACAAAACUCCUUUAGUCAACGAGAGCCUGAAAAAGUUUUUAAAUACGAAAGAUGGCCGGCUGGUGGCCAGUCUGGUGGCAGAAUUUCUCCAGUUCUUUCAUCUGGACUUCACCUUGGCCGUUUUCCAGCCUGAAGCUAGCACAUUUCAAGGUCUGGAAGGUCGAGAGAAUUUAGCCCGGGACUUGGGUAUCAUUGAAGCGGAAGGCACUGUGGGUGGACCCUUGCUGUUGGAAGUGAUCAGGCGCUGUCAGCAGAAGGAGAGAGGGCCCGCCCGUGGGGAAGGUGCACUGGAUCUGGCCGAUGCGCAUUCUCCACCACCGUCCCCAGAAGGAAAGCUGAGCGCGCACACGGGCCCCAGUAAGAUACCAAGGUAUAAAGGACAAGGUAAGAAGAAGACAAGCGGGCAGAAGUCUGGUGCCAAGAAGGCCGGCAGCGGUGCGAGUCAGAGCGAUACGAGCGUCUCCUCGUCAGAACCAAAGAGCAAAGGCGGUCUCCACUUCCUGGCCCAGGAGACAAAAACGGGCGCUCUCCUCAGCAACAAGAGCCUGGACGUCAGAGACACAGCUGGCCCUGGUCCGCAUGAGGAUGACCUGGACGGAGAUUCCUUCUUUGACGAUCCCAUUCCCAAACCCGAAAAGACUUACGGUUGGAGAAGUGACCCUGGGAAGCCAGGAGGGAGCCUCACCUCGCUCGCCGACGCCCCAUCCUUGAAGAGUGGCCUCGGCUCCCUGCCGGGGGCCCCCUCCUCGAAAGACUCGGAAGGCAAAAGGGGAAACGCGGUUCUGAAAGAUCUGAAGGUGGUGAAUGAUAAAGUCGCAUCCCUUGGAUUAGGGGCUGGAGAAGAUGAUGACUAUGUGGAUGACUUCAAUAGCACCAGCCAUCGCUCAGAGAGAAGCGAGCUGAGCAUCGGCGAGGAGAUCGAGGAGGACCUGUCAGCGGAGCUGGACGAGGCCAACACCAGCGACAAGCUCGACGACCUGACGCAGGACCUGACCCUGUCGCAGCUCAGCAACGUGGCCGACUACCUGGAAGACGUCGCCUUCACCUGAGGGAGGAGCGUCGCCACGGCCGAGGACGGACGGAGUCUCCCACCACCUCUGUCUCCCAGGCCGUCCUGGCUGGAGUCUGCUCUGCUGGUGCCUUGUGUUUCAGAAUGACUGCAGAGAUUUUUAAAAAUUACUUUUCAUUACACUAAACAGAACCCUCCCUCGGAGCCCACGCGUGGGAGGUUUCCGUCUUAAUCUGGUUACCUGCCCGUUUCACUCAGAAAUGAAUUCCGCUCAGAUGCCUGACAGGAGCGCACCGUGAACAUAGCAGCGUUAGAGCAAAGCGAAGGCAUCAGUAACGCUGCAGGCCCCGGGCUCGCGGGCACGCGUGGCCUUGGUCCUCUAGGUCCCGCCUGGUUGGUGCUGGCAGGGCUGCAGUCGUGGCAGAAGGAUCGGCCGCCAGAGCCCAGCCCUGGGUGAGACGCUUCCGUCCGGGAGGUGCUGUGGCAGUGCUUUGCUGCUAGCUCUUCCUCCUAAAGAGCGGGGUGGUGGGGUUCGUUGGUGCGGUUGUCAUGGCGCCGCUGUCAUGGCGGCAGCGCAUCGCUGCUGUGUCCACACGAGAAGCCAUCCUCGCAGGCCCUCUGAGAGCUGUUACCCUCUGUGACCCCGUCUUGAAACUUUAAAUUCCAAGGCACAUCUGGACCAGCAGCGGUGCUUCCAUCGGGCCUGUGCGUGACUAUGGGGUCCAGAUGGGAUGGAGCAGGAGCUACGGCUCAGACGUGUCCAGGGGCAGCUUCCUGCUGCUGUUCCACCGUCACCUUAGUGUUUACAGGGGCCACUGAGGCCCAUGGUACUGACUGUGGCACGGUUGGGAGUGACGCGUGCCUGUUCGUAUAACUAUAAGUGAAGCUGUGAUUGCAUGGUCAGUUUUGUACUUUUUUAUUUCAAUUAAAUGAUGGCUUUUACUAAAAGUCACCUUUACCAGUAA